AUGGCACAAGAAGAGGUGUCCAUGCUCCUAGGAGUCUCCGGCGAGAUCGAGAAGCUGGAGGAAAACAUGGAAGGCAUCAAUAAAGCUUUCCUCGCCGAUGCAGAGAGGAGGCGCGUCACUGACCAGAGUGUGCAGAGAUGGGUGAGGAAGCUCAAGGACGCCAUGUACGACGCCACCGACAUCAUAGACGAGUACCAACUCGAGGCUGACAAGCGGAGGGGGUCUACAGAAGACGGCAGCAGUGUGAAGAAGAAGAAGGUGUCAGCGGGUUGCUUCCAGCCGUUGCUAUUCUGCCUCGGGAAUCCCGUGUUCGCCCACAAGAUAGGCAGCCGGAUCAAGGAGCUGAACCAGCGGCUGGAUGGCAUCCACAAGCUAGGAAGCAGGCAGGUUCAAGUUCAGUAUCAACCUCGGUUCCAACCCGGAGGCGAGGAUGCUAACUGA